ACAGAUGUUUCUCACGUGAUAAAAAAUGUUGACAUUUAUUUUUGACUUACUCUUUCUUUUGGUUGUUAAUUUAUUACUUAAUUAUUAUUUUAAUCAUUGUUAUGGCCUUUCGUAAUUUAAUCAACAAUUUAAAACAAUAUGCUCGUUCAGUUCCUAAUAAAUUUAGUCAAUCACCCUUGAAUGAUCAUAUGUUAAAAGCCAUGGACUCUUAUGAAAGCUACAUUGGUGUCAAAGAAAUCAAGAAGAUUCAACAGAAUGUCCUCAAGGCAGAAGAGGCCUUCAUCGAAUCAAGCAAAGCUAGAAGAACCAUUCAGGAUGGAUUACUUAAGGUGCAACAAAAUCUUAAACAAAUCCGCUCUAAAUUGGAUUCUAUGAGCCGGUCAGAUGAGGCCUAUUUGGAGCUGAUUACUAAUGAACACAAAUUGUUAAAGAACGAGAUGAGUUUAUUAAAUGAAUUAAGGACAAAGGAGGGAUCAGAAAGAGAAUUGUUUACAAGUUUUUCUCAGAGAUUAAGAGAAGCACAUGAGUUUGAGCGAGUACGCCAAGAGAAAGUUAAAUACUUAUCAAUAUUAGGAUCAAUCAUCGGAGCUUUUCUCGGAAUUCUAGGAACUAGUAUCAAUCACGCGUUAAAGAUGAAGGAUAUCAACAAAUUAGUAAAUACUAUAGAAAAACAAAUGAAUACUUUUAGUGCGUUUUCUGCGGAAAUAAGCAGCCAUCUAUCUCCAGGCAACAAGUAUCGGGAAAAAUCUACCAGUGAAAGUUGUGUUGAACAAAAUUUAAACAAUCUAAGUCAAGCAAUCAUCAAAGAAAUCAACGCAUCUCAACAAACAAUUCAAGCAUCCCAAGAAGAGCUAGAAAGCCGAAUUAGACUUAACAAUUUGAUCAUUGUUGGACUAUUCGCGUUGUUUUUACCGGUUGUUAUGAGAUUUGCAUCUAAUUAGAAUUCUUGUGAACUAGAAUUUAUUUACAUGUACAUUACCAAUUGAAGUGUCUUUCAACUACAAAUUCAAUUUUUCAUUAUUGAUAAUACCAUCAGAGAGAAAGGUAAUAUUUGAGCGAGAGAGAGAGAAAAAUGAAGGAUAAAAGUUGCAUUCCAAAUGUUUCAACUUACAUUAUCUGCAAUCGGUUCCUGUCGGAUGAUGAUUCCUGGAUGUGCAACUGUGUAUUCAAAGGUUUUAUUCAUCAUUUGACAAUCACCAUUACUAUCUCUAAAUUAUCAUUUGCUAACAUCCAUGCUUUGUUCACACUGUGUAUUGGCAAUUUCCGUACAUUUGAUCAGUUAAUUAGACAAUAUCUAAAUUAUUA